AUGAUUUUCCCUCGCCCCUUUCGAAUUGGAACCCCCUCCAAAUUGGAAGAUUCUAAUCCGGGUUUUCCAAUCUCUCACAGAUGCAUAGGUGUUGCCAUGGCUGACGAGAGGUUUGGGACUAAAAAAAAACCCCCAAGUUACGUAAUAGAACGAUAUUAUAAGAAACAGUGCUUAAAUCCUUCUCCAAAUAUUCCGGAUAGUCCUCAUUUUCCUUCAAAUAUUCCGGGUAGUCCUCCUCCUCUUUCUAGUAUUCUGAGUAGUGCACAACAAAGUGAGAUUACUGAGUUGGAUGAAAUAUUAGCUAAUCUUCCGGCAGACCCUGGACUGAGACGUCGAAUGCUUGAUUAUCCACUUAAUUGUCGUGAAGCAAUUCGUAGAUACUACCUUCAAAAGGAACCUUGUCAACCUAAGUCUCACAUCAUGCCAAGGAAAGCUAGCGACAAUCGAUGUUUUAUUACAGGUUGGUUUGAUAAUUUUAAGUGGUUGGAGUAUAGUAUAGUAAAAGAUGCUGCAUUUUGCCGUUAUUGCUAUCUUUUUAAAUGUGAUUUUGAUAAAGCGGGUGGUAGUGGAAGUGAUGUCUUCACUACAAAAGGGUUUACAAAUUGGAGGAAAGGACCCGAAAAUUUUCGAGUCCACGAGGGAGGUGCUGGAAGUCUUCAUAAUAAAGCUAUGCAACAAGCUAAAGACUUGAUGACACAAAAACAACACAUUGUAACAUUUGUGAUCAAGCAAACUGAUGAAGCUCGCGUUAAUUAUCACACUUUACUGAGUGGAGCACUUGAUUGCACAAGAUGGUUGUUGCGACAAGGUUUGGCUUUUCGUGGGCAUGAUGAAUCUUUGAAAUCGAGCAAUAGGGGUAAUUAUAUAGACCUUAUGCAAUUUCUUGCCGAUCAUAAUGAGAAAGUUAGAAAGGUUGUGUUUGAGAAUGGUCCCAAGAAUCUCAAGUAUACUUCUUCCGAUAUUCAAAAGGAUCUUGUUCAUGCUUGUGCUAUUGAAACUAUUAAUGCAAUCACUAAAGAUAUGGAAGGUACAUUUUUUUCUCUUUUGGUUGAUGGAUCACGUGAUGCUUCCAAUAAAGAGCAAAUGGCGGUGGUAUUGCGUUAUGUGAACAAAAAAGGAGAAGCAAUUGAAAAGUUUUUGGGUGUUCAACAUGUCUUCUCUACAACUAGUAGCUCACUUGAAGAGGCUAUUGAGAGUGAAAAUGAGGAUGUUGCCAAUUUCUUCAUCAAUGCUAAUAGAUUGGUGAAUCUUAUUGGAUCUUCGUGCAAACGUCGUGAUGCAUUGAGAGAUAAACAACAAGAACAAAUUCAAAAAGCUCUUCAUCUUGGUAAUCUUGAAACGGCCGUGGUGAAGGUGGUUGAACGGAUUAAAAGUGAUCGCAACCAAGAUAAUCUUGGUGAAGCUACUGGGUUAUUCGAAGACAUACAAACUUUUGAUUUUGUGUUUCACCUUUUCUUGAUGAGACUUAUAUUGGGAAUUACAAAUGAGUUAUCACAAGCAUUGCAAAAGAAAGAUCAAGAUAUUGUGAAUGCGAUGUCGUUAGUGGAAGUUGGGGGAAUGGGCUGCAAUCUGGGAGCCCAGAUUACAAUGUCUCUCCAGUGGGCUUCGAACAGAACACCAAAGCCCAAAGGGCUGGUGUUGGGACCGUGUGCAGGGUCAAAACCAAAAAACACCCCAGUGCUUGCUGGUAAAGGUAGUCGAAGCGCCGCCACUGCUGGUGGCCGUGUUCUAGGUGGUAAUCGGUUGGGGGGAAGCACGAGUUUGAACUGA